UUAUCAUAUUCUCAGAAUCCUUCAGUCUAAUCUGUGUAAGUGAAUGCUUUUUUGUGAAAGACAGUUUGCCACUACAUGUACAAAUAACAAUUGCAGUACUGUCAUAGGACAGGUCAGCCCGGAGUGAAGGACGCUCUUUUUUUCCACGCAGCUCGCAGGAGGUUUCUACGUGUGCGAUUACGAAUUAUUUUACUUUGUGUGAUAGUUUCACCAGUACUGUAGUUAGUUGAGAAAGCUCUGAGAGUAGUGAUGGCCGUUUCAAAGCGCAAGCGUGUAGAUGUACGUGACUUGGACUCACCCUGUAUGAUAGUUUACGAGUCUAUCGUACGCCAGAAUUGCCAGGCGAUGCUGGACAGAUGCAAAGCUUUGGGUGUUCAGCUGAGGCCGCACAUGAAAACUCAUAAGACUGUAGAAGGUGCUCGUCUGAUGACUGGCGGCUCGUGCUCGUGUAUAGCAGUGUCGACAGUUGCCGAAGCAGAGUUCUACGCCGACCAUGGUUUCGAUGACAUCCUCUAUGCGUAUCCGAUUGCGGGGGAGAAAAAGAUUGAGCGUGUUCUUGCCCUACAUCAGCGUGUGGACAAUUUCCACGUAAUGGUGGAUCAUUGUGAUCAGCUGGCUCUUCUUCUGCAAAACUCCGAGCCAGUGACUAAGAAUUUGGCAAAGCCAUGGUCAGUUUUCAUUGACGUGGACGUUGGGUACAAUCGAACUGGUGUUAAUCCGUUUUAUGAUUAUGCGUUUGGCCUUGCUGAGACGAUUGACAAGCUGCGGUCAACACAUUUAGCCGGCUUGUACGUCCACUGUGGUCAUAGCUACCAUUGCAAGUCGCCUGAAGAGAUCAGAACCGUCGUGAAGGAGGUGGCACGGGACACUGCCCAAUUUGCUGCGCAACUGAGCGAGAGGGGCAUAGCAUGUCCUGUAGUUGGCAUAGGGUCUACUCCAUCCUGCAGCCAACCACCCGAUACCGUACCAGGCAUCACCGAGUUUCAUCCAGGAAACUACAUCUUCUAUGAUCUCCAGCAGCACUGGACCGGUGCGUGUGAGGUUAGUGACAUUGCCGUGCGGGUCAUGACUCGUGUCAUCGGUCACUACCCGGAUCGAAAUCGUCUGGUUAUCGACUGCGGAUUCACCGCCAUCAGCAAGCAGCACGAUGCGGACACGUCUCUCUACGCCAAGUUUGACGAUCAUUCCGAGUUGAAGUUGUUAAGCAUGUCUCAGGAACUGGGGAUCGUAGGAUCGUCUGAUGACCGGCCGCUCAAUCUGGACAACUAUCCUAUUGACAAACGUCUGUUCAUUCUGCCGUAUCAUUCGUGCGCGGUGGCGGGUCUUCAUUCGGUCUACCAUGUCGUCGAUGAGACUGACACUUGUACCGCAACGUGGAAGCCGUGUCGCGGCUGGUGAACGCAAGGCCCUGGAAACCGUGUCGCGGCUGGUGAACCCAAGACCCCGCAACGUGGAAGCAGUGCCGCGGCUGGUGAACGCAAGGCCGUGCCAUACCUGCACGUGUGCUUGGCCGGAACUGUCACACGAAAUGUCCCACGAAAAUGUUUGUGGGACAUUUUGAACAUUAACAGUGUGGUGUGUAUCUCUCUUGAUUCAUGGGAAACGUAGGCAAGUGCUUGUUCUACGUGUAUCUUUGAGUUCUUUGUUGUUCAGUGUUUUCUCUGUUUCUUUGGGAAGUACUCUAGCUAGUGGCAUUGUUUAGCUAUGCAGUCACUUUACUUUAUUCUCUGUAUGGUAUGCUGUGUACUUAGCAAUGCCAACCUGUACUGAGCUCUGGUAACCUGGGGAUAUAGUGUGCUCUGGCUAAUCAGAUUUGUACGAAGAGUUGAUUCGUAUGGUGGCAAAUACACGCCUGCCUGCCCGUACAUGUUUUCUAAGCUGCAACGUUACUCUGGCACAGAGCUCUCCUUCCUUGUAGGAGCAGUGCGUACUAGUAUUCAAGUCGACUCGCGGAUUUCAUUUUCUUCCCGGAUUCCCACUGUAUGCGCCACUGUGUACGGCGGCUGCAGCUGUUUUCUUAGCUCUGUUGUGUAGUGGCGAUGUAUGUACCGGCAGAGCUUCUAUGCCCCAUGCCAGUGCAUGCAAUGCUAUGCAGUAGAAAGUCACAUAAGGUUGCACAUUUUCACAACUUUUGAGAAUGCUAUAACAUGUCGUGUUUAAAAAUAUAAGAUACUAAUAUCAGGGCAAAAUGUGUGCAAUUUUAUGU